GCAUCCGUUCUGGCCGUUGGCAGCGUGUCUUUCAAGCAGGUGAGAGGAUUUGUUGCCACAGUGGAUAAAAGGCCGUCUCUCAACUUUCACCUGGACACUUUAGCUUCAGUUGAUGAGAACAGAAAGAGCUACGAUUGCUACUCUCUCUCUCUCUCACACACACACACUCACAGUACAUGAGAGGUGGAUCUCACUUUCUCUGCCUCAGCAUUAUUUGGCUUUACACGAGCUAGCGGCCAUGGUUUGAUGGCGGUUUUAAUGAGCUUGGUUGGUGUCAGGGGCUGAGGUUACCCUCGGUGGAACUCGUGCCACGUGUCCGUCCUCUCCGCUGGGAUCAGAUAUCACUUCUUUGCACUCAGCUGGAGAAACCGCUGCACACCCACUUAUGUCAAACUUCCCGUUGGUGUUGUAAUGAACGGCGUGCUGAAGUGAACUCGUGCCGUCAGAGGACUCAGUGCGGAGAAAGCCACAGAUUUACAGCAGAGUACUGGCUCAGUAAAAAGGAUCUCAGAGGAUCAGUAUCAAUAAGUGCUUCGUCAAAACGCUCGACAUGCACUUCCUGUCAUGUGUCAACAGCAAUAUAAAUCAAAAGUAGAAUAACAAACAGCAUGAUGUUUUACCACUCUUCACUCUUCAACAGAUUCCGUUUUGGGAAAAAAAACGCUUAUCGGCUCUCUUGCUGUGUGUUGAUGAGACAUCAAUACCGCUCAGGUUGCGUCAGCUUAGCAUGACGGCAGGAAACAGGUUGGAUCAGGCUCGGUUUGAAGGUGACAACGUCACCUCUCAGUCCUGUAUCAUGUCUGUAGAUGUUUUUUUUACCUUUAUCCAGAGGAAGGAUUUCUUUAGAAGUACCUCUGUCUCAACUCUUUACGCUGAGGUUUAGAUAAUGAGAUGCUGGUGAUGAAUGUGUGGAGUUUAGAGUUGCUAGACUCCAUCAGCCACCUCCAAUCGACUGUUCGCAAGAAAGCAAACCAUUACAUUCUAGAAAUGACCAACUAUUUAGCCGCAGCGUGAGAUUUGUGUUACAUUGAAUGUCGAGUGACGCAACCUAUGCGGACCCCUGUUGGGCAAGAAAAUGGCACACACACCAAAUCCUCUGUUUUCUAUCUCUUCACGGGAGUAGAUUUUGGUGCAGAAUGUCAGAUUCGUUGACAUUUUCCCACGUUGGUGGCAAGUCACCUUCAACCCCCCGGGAAAGUCUACACACCUGGGAGCCCUGCGGGACCUCGUGCCGGCAAAUGGCAGAACUCCAGACUAAAGAGGGCAGCGCCGUCUGCUUCACCCGGCAAGAGAGCACCAACUUCAGCCUGAGGACGGCGGGGGUGAACAGGAGGCACAGCGCCGACGGGACCAUCAGUUCAAGGUCCGGAUCAACACCGCGAGGGGGCUCUGUGGGCCGGUACCACCCGUACCAUCGACAGUGCAGCGACGGAGAGGCGCCGGGGCCGGGCGGCCUCCAACAGGGCAUGUCGUCCUUCAGCUGUCUGCAGGAGUUGUGCAGCCCUGGGACUUGUUCAAGCAGCUCGAGAUGCGAGGCGUCAUCAUCGCCAUCCUGGGACCAAUACAACGGCAGCAUUCAGCAGAGUUCGUUCCCAGAACUGCUGACUGUCCGAGUGGACCCCUCCUGCUUCCUGCCUCAAAGCUGUCCUUCCUACAGCUCAUCGAGCCCUCUACAACAGGUCUCCCCUCGACUGUAUUCUAAUAGUGAUCAGUCCAACAGCUCCAAAUAUUCUCUCCAAAGUGUCUCCACUCAAUCCCACCUGGAGAGCACCGCACAGUCCCUCUUCCCCAAGCCAAUUUACUCAUACAGCAUCUUGAUCUUCUUGGCUCUAAAGAACAGCAAGACAGGAAGCCUGCCAGUCAGUGAGAUCUACAGCUUCAUGAGCGAACACUUUCCCUAUUUCAAGUCCGCUCCUGAUGGAUGGAAGAACUCUGUGCGUCACAACCUCUCCCUGAACAAGUGCUUUGAGAAGGUGGAGAACAAAAAUGGGAACUCGUCUCGCAAAGGCUGUCUUUGGGCUCUCAAUCCCGCCAAGGUGGAGAAAAUGCAGGAGGAGCUGCACAAGUGGCGGCGCAAGGACCCCAUCAGUGUUCGCAGCAGCAUGGCGAGACCAGAAGACCUUGAUCGUCUACUUGGAGAGAGACCAAACAAGCUCAGGCCUUUGCCAUCUUACACAAACCCCUCUUUGCUAUCCAGGGUGGCGCCUGUCUAUGGCACCACCUCGACAUCGUGCACGCCGGCCCAGCUGCGACCGCCGUUUCGCCGUCCUCACGUUCAACCUCAUCAGCCGUGCUACCUUCAACCCGGCGCUGCUCACCCCAGCAACUCUUUUGCCGUGUACUCACCCUGUGGACACCAGCAUGCAGCUGGCGUCCCAUCAGCCACAGAAGGCCUGCACUCCCCCGUGGCUGGUAAGAUGCCGCCCAGCUACGGCGGCGCCCUGCAGUCAGGGUACAGCUCCAGGAGCAUGCAGGAGAUGCUGUUGGAGGGAGAUGCCAGUUAUGACAUCGACACGCUCAACCCCAGUCUGACCGACCUGCAGCUGCAAGGUAACUUGUGGGAGGAGUUACAGCAGGACAGCCUGGUGUCUGAUCCACAAGUUACCGCUGUGACUCCGCCCACAACCUCCACCCUGCAGGACGUCCACACCGGCUGCCUGGUCACGUCUGCUUGCGGUCAGACGUCAGAGGUGACGGACGUCGCUCAACGGAAAGCAGAGGACGAAGAGGAGAACGCAAGAAGAAUCUUUGAUCAGCAAGGCUGUUUGCCCGGACUGCAUCCUGCUGUUUAUUCAGGGGUGGAGAGUCCUGCUGGGUAUCUGACUUCCUGCACCGCAUCCAUCUCCUUAAUAUAAUGGAUGUACUAUAAACCUGAAUAGGGGAUACGGUCACAAGGAGCUUCUUGUUUUAGUAUUAGCUUGGCUGUUUAAACCAUCAAGUCCUUGGAAAAGGAAAUAGUCUUUCUGGCCUGUUCCAACACAUAUUUUGUUCACCCCCCGUUUAUUUAUUUGCAAGACUUCCAGUUAUAUAUUAUGGAUAGUCAUGUUAGAGAUAGAUUUAUGUCAAUGUGACAAAUCGCUGUUUUAUUUAUUGAAGGUUCUCUCUCUCUCUCUUCAAUCAGGAAACAUUUAUUACCAAAAUAUGUCAGACAUACGGUUGGUGCAUAACAGCAGA